AUGGCCAACUCUCAACCAGGGACGUCCAAUGAAGAUGAGGAACAGUUACAUUCUCGUGGGUCAGCCAAUGUAAAUCAGCUGAUUGAUCUUAUGCUUGCUCAACUGAAAGAACAAAAGGAGCAACGUAUUGCUGAUCAAAGGAGGUUUGAAACUAUAUUUCAGUCUCAUAAGGAUGAUUUACAAACAAUGUUGGACUCUACCCUUGCUGGACAAUCGUCAUUUAAUCUGAAUCAUUCCUACACAAGCAAUGCUCCAAAGGUCGCGAAACUUGAGCCAAUGAAACUGCCACAAUUCAAUGGAGAUUAUGCGCAGUGGAAAUCAUAUCAAGACAUCUUUAUCUCAAUUGUUGACAAGAAUGAUCAGCUAUCUAAAUCGCAAAAAUUGCAUUAUCUAAAGGAUUCAUUGAAAGGAGAGGCUCUCGCAUCUAUCGACCAUCUCACUAUUUCGGACGAGAACUAUGAUGCAGCCUGGGAAAUAGUGAAGAGCGGCUAUGAUAACAAGGUCAUGAUCGUCAACGCACACAUCGAAAAAUUCCUGAAAUUACCGGCCAUCUCUAAUCCAUCAGCAAGCAGCCUUAAAAGUCUCUACUCAGGUUCAAGAUCAAUUCUGCAAGCCUUGGAAGCCAUUAAAGUUACACAGAGGGAUCCUUGGCUCAUCUACUUCAUUAGUCAGAAACUUGAUGACGAAUCUAAGACGCUGUGGUCCCGGGAAAUAGCAUCGUCUUUGUCUGAUCCAAAACCAUCAGCCUCAUCUUCACUUAGUUGCACAGAAAAUGGGGGAGGUUUGGAUACUCAGGUGUUGCUUGCGACUGCUAGGGUAAAAUUAAUUGGCCACAAUAAUGAGGUUCGUGUCUGUCGCGCCAUUCUUGAUGCAGGGUCGCAAGUAAACUUAAUUACCACAAACUUGCGCCAGCAACUUCGCAUUCCAACCCAAUACACAGAUUUUACUUUAGAAGGUGUUGGGUCUAAACGCCAUGUGGCUCACCAAAGUGUUAGUAUCUCCCUUCAGAUUGGGAAUAGUUCAAAUCACAGAGUCUCUCUUGACUGCCUGGUUAUGAAGAAGAUCACUAGUGAUCAACCAAGUCGUCCAAUUGAUGCAAAGUGUGUUCCAAUUCCUCCACAAUUUACCUUGGCGGAUCCUGAUUGGAAUAAACGCCAAUCAAUCGAUUUACUCAUUGGAGGACAAUAUUUUUGGCAAUUUAUUCAGGAAGGGUCUCACUCUAUUGGGAAAGAUGCUCCACUCUUGAAACAAAGCGUUUUUGGUUGGCUUGUGGUGGGUCCCUGCAAUAUUGAGUCUCACUCCAAUUCCCCACGAAAUUUGAUGUGUCACGUAUCAACCUUAUCCAGCAUCGAGAGUGCCAUCAAGAAAUUUUGGGAAAUUGAGGAAAUAGAUAGGCCCAAGGAUCAGGUUGCUGAGUACAAAGAAGUCGAGGAUCAGUUUGCAUCUACUACUACAAGAAAUGCUGAAGGUCGCUAUAUUGUUGAGCUCCCAUUCAACGAGAAAGUCAAUGAAUUGGGAAAUAAUCAAGCUGCUGCAACAAAACAAUUGUUCUAUUUAGAGAGGCGAUUAAAUAAAAACAGUGAUUUGAAACAAGAGUAUUCGAAUGUGUUUAAUGAAUAUCUCUCCCUUAACAUUAUUGAGGCUGUUCCGUUCAAUGAAAUGGGAUUGGCAUCUUAUUAUCUGCCACACCAUUGCGUAAUUCGCGAACAGUCCACUAGCACAAAAGUUCGUAUAGUUUUUAAUGCAAGCUCCAAAUCUCAAAGCGGUCUGAGUCUAAAUGACUGUCUAAAAGUGGGCCCAGUUGUCCAACCCACUUUGGUCUCUGUUCUUUUGAGAUUUCGCCAGCACAAGUUCGCUCUAACGUGCGAUAUAGUCAAGAUGUAUUUGCAAGUACUCUUGGAGCCAAGGCAUCGCGACUAUCAACGUUUUGUAUGGCGGGAAAAUGCAGAUGAUCCAGUAAAGGCUUUCAGGUUCCGCACAGUCUGUUUCGGAGUUGCUCCAUCUCCAUUUUUAGCCACCAGAGUCCUCAACCAACUGGUCGCAGAUGAAGGAGAGGAUUUCCCAUUAGCCUCAAGAGCUAUUUUGUCAAACUUUUAUGUCGACGAUUGCCUUACGUCGGUUACAAGUGUUGAAGAACUUCUUGAAUUGAAAGGUCAGUUGAUCAGUCUCUUGAACCGUGCUGGAAUGCAGCUUUCAAAGUUUAAAUCCAAUUGUCCCUAUGCCAUUGAAGACAAACCAGCAACCCAAGAGACACUCAAUUUUGAAGAUGAGACAGUGAAAACCCUUGGUAUGAUUUGGAAUCCCAAUUCAGACACUUUUCAAUAUAUUGUUCAAGAAAUUAUUGAAGACCAACCUAUCACCAAGCGGUUAAUCCUGUCUACCAUCGCUCGAAUUUUUGAUCCCAUUGGAUUAAUAAGCCCAUUAAUCACAAAGGCUAAGUUAAUUUUCCAAAGUACUUGGGAAGUCAGUACCACUUGGGAUCAGCCUGUUCCUGAUGAUUUGUCAUUGGAAUGGAAAAUUUUCGUUGAGGAUUUACCAUUAAUUCAGUACUUACGCAUUCCUAGAUGGGUUUCUUCAAUCGAAAAUCCCUCUUCAAAUGAACUGCACGCAUUCUGCGAUGCAAGUUUCGUUGCAUAUGGAGCUGCCAUAUACCUUGUCUGUGAAGAUGCCAAUGGACAGAGAUCUUCUCGUUUGUUGACUGCAAAAUCUAAAAUCACUCCACUAAAAAAUAAAGUGUCUCAGAGUCUUACAAUCCCGAAGGCGGAAUUAUGUGGAGCUGUCAUGGCAACUGAAUUGAUGAGUGUAGUUUCGCAGUCCCUACAGAUUUCAGAUCAUUUUUUUUGGACUGAUGCUACAAUCAUCUUGCACCAAAUUCACUCUCCUCAUGAGAGACGUGAAUUAUUUGUCAAGAGACGUGCAGCGAAAAUUUUAAGUGUAUCCAAUCCUCAACAAUGGAGACAUGUACCAACCUUGGAGAAUCCAGCUGACAUAUUGUCUCGAGGAGCCCUUCCCGGAAAAUUAAAGAAUUCAGUUUUAUGGUGGCAGGGUCCUCAGUUCAUCCGCAAAGAACCUCAGCAUUGGCCUCCACCAUUUGAUGCCUCGUCUCAGUUUCCUAUUGUUGAUGAGCAGGUCACGCUGAUUAAUGUACCAGCAGAGUCAUCUGACUCAAAUCCAAUCUAUUCUUACUUAACAACCAAUAUUGGAAGCUAUAAUCGCAUUCGAAGAGUAUUGGCUUGGUGUAUCAGAACAGUUAAUGUCUUCAAGCUCAAGCUAAAACGUUGUACCCGACAGACAGCCGCUCAAAGUACAUCAGAAUUCCUCAAAACCCAUGAGCUUGGGGAAGCUGACAAGUUUCUCGUGCGUUGGGACCAACAAGAACACUUCGAUCAGAUUUUAGUUACCAUAAAAACCAAAAAUUUUAACACUUCUCAGAGAUUUGCGGCGAUUCGUAAAUUGCGUCCAUUUCUGGACUCGGAUAACAUAUUACGUGUUGGUGGUAGGUUGCAAAAGUCCGGAGAACCCUACGAUGUUCGCCAUCCUAAACUAUUGGCUAAGAAAAGUAUUCUUGCCCGUUUGAUUGCAACUCACACUCAUCUGAGUCUCUUACAUGCGGGUCCUCAAUUAAUAUUGGCUCAGCUACGUCAAGCGUACUGGCCCAUGGAUGGACGCAAUUUGUGCAGAUCUAUUACACAUAACUGCAUUAAAUGCAUUAAGGCAAAUCCUCCACAGCAGGAGCAAUUGAUGGGAGAACUUCCUGAGCAUCGAGUGACCGCUAUUAAGGCUUUCCAAGCAACAGGAGUUGAUUUUGCAGGGCCUCUGCUUUUAAAAUCUGUAAAUCGUAAAGGUUCUCCCAUUAAAGCGUAUGUUGCAGUUUUCGUCUGCAUGGGAACGAAGGCUUUGCAUUUGGAAUUAGUGAGCGCUCUAGAAACAGAUGCCUUCAUUGCAACUCUGAGGAGAUUUGUAGCGAGAAGAGGACUACCUACUCAUAUGUACUCAGAUCAGGGAACUACAUUUAUUGGAGCAGACAAUGAGUUGAAAAGAAUGUUCCAGCAAACAAAAUCUCAGGAAAUCUUUGCAAAUUUUCUUUCGGAGCGGAACAUUCAAUGGUGUUUUCAACCUCCAAAGGCACCUCAUCAUGGUGGAUUGUGGGAGGCGGCCGUAAAAUCCUGUAAGUUUCAUUUGAAGCGUAUUCUUGGCCAAACCCCACUUACCUUUGAAGAAUUGCAGACAACCCUCUCUGAGAUAGAAGCAGUCCUCAAUAGUCGCCCCCUUGUACCCAUCUCCACUCAUCCGGACGAUCCUUCAUGUUUGACACCCGGACAUUUUUUGACUGGUACUUCACUGACUCAAUUACCAGACCCAGACUUAAAGCAUCUCCCAAUGAAUAGACUUGAUCGAUGGCAAUUAUGCCAGAAAAUUUGCCAAGACUUCUCAUCAAGGUGGAAGAGAGAAUAUCUCAACACUCUUCAAGUGCGCAGUAAGUGGACAAAAUCCAAAGAUAAUUUAAAAGUUGGAGAUAUAGUCUUAUUCAUGGAGGACAAUUUACCAUCUACUUGCUGGCCCUUGGGAAAAGUCGUCGAAAUUCAUCCAGGAAAAGAUCAAAAGGUUCGUGUGAUCACUGUAAAAACUUCCCGAGGAAAUCUUAAACGUCCAAUCAGUAAGGUCGUAAAAUUACCUGUUGAACCUAUGAAUGCAAUUUCGAGGGGGAGUGUACGCGCCAAUUCUUAAUUUGCGCGCGAAAGCCUAAAAUCACAAGUAUUCAGGGGCAGUGAUUGAAAAAUAAGAUGAUUGGCAGAAAACUAGAUAUACUGCAGUGAUUUGGGUAACGGGAGGAUAUGUGGCAAAGUGACCUUUUAUCUCAAUUUUUCUCUCAAUUUUUAUCAGUCUUGGACAGUCUAUAGUAAAGUGAACAAAGUGAAAAAGAGUACUUGAGCAUUCGAUUAAAUCAUUAAAUUAAAAUUAUUGUAAAACUAUAUUGGUUAAGGAAGUUAAAAAAAAAAAAGUUUAAUAAUCUAUUUGUCAUAAUUUAAAGUGAAUUUGCUAAUAAAUUGUGAAGUGAAAAAGGGGAAAACGGAAUUUUAAUUUCAACGUGUGAACCACGAGGAGGAAGAAACAGAGUGAAAAUUGAGGAAAUCCAGGAAAUUUCCAGUGAUCUCAACAGUCUGCUGAAGGCAUCAAAUAAUUUAGGAUCCCGUGAGACACAGCAGGAUCAAAGUUUGAUCCUCCGGAGCCCGGAUAUUAAAGCUCUUUGUUCUUUUUCAUUCAAUAGGUGGGCUACACUGAGAGAAAACCGUGUACAAAGCUGAGGGUAGAAUAUUCAUUUAUACAUUUAUUCUUCUAAUUUAAUAGGUGAGAAUCAUACU